UGCAAUCUACAAGUUUCGCCUUUGACUGUAUUCAUUGUUUCGCCUUCUUCUUUCUCCGUCACGCUCUUUCAGUACUGUGUACGAUCUGUGAAAUUUCUCAGCUCAGCUACCUUCCUUCGCUCUCUCCACGGUUCUUCAGGGGAUUUCGUUUUCGAGUUUUGAAUUGUUGUUGACGGAGCUAAUUUGUGGAGAUCAGGUUGAAACAGCAUGCGGUGGUGUUUGAGUCUCUCAGUCGACGUUUUUCGCAAAGUCGUUUCGUUGAACUUAUACUGUAGAGUUAUUCUGUAAUUCUUCUCCGAUCGUAGAUCGAUUCUUCUCUUUCCUUCGUCAUAUUCUUAUAAAGCUAUCAUCCAUGGGAUCCAACUUUCUCGUCGUAGUUCCUUGUUAUGUCCGCCAGAUUAGUUGAAAUUUUAAUUUGUUUCUUUUCACCUUCCUUCGCUUUGAGAAAUCCAUUUUAGUAUCCUACUUCCAGUUUUCAGUCUUAUUUCUUUCAAUUACGCUUGAAGAAGGUGAUUUACCUAGUUUAGUUGGCUGUGAAUCUCAUUCGAUCGUGGUAGACGGACAUUUACUCUGUUUCUUUCUGGACAAUUGUGCUAUUACUCGUAUUGAAGGGCUAGGGUAGUAGUUAUGGUGUGCCAAGCAGCUAGUCAAACAAGAUUUCGAGCAUUGAAACAUGAAAAUGGGAUUGCUGGAAGUUCCACCAUAAUAGUUAGAGUCAUAGCAUGCUUUCAACCUCUCCAGGAUUGUCAGGCUGAGUACUUUCGUCAUUUGCUGAAACCAGUCACGUAGAUAGAUUCUGUAUUCUUGCGUUCAUAUUAAGCUGGCGUCUUUUGUUAUUUUUCUUAAUCCUAAGAGAUACGGAAACUGCAAUCACUAGUUUACAACACCCUCUUUCUGGUGAAACUAAAUUGUUUUGAUUGGAUGGGAGAAGCUUGGGAAGCCGGACGUCCUCCUAAGCUUCUUUUUCAUUGGCAACCAUCUCUGUUAAAUUCUUUUGGUACUGUACCGAAUCUGGGCCAAUCUAAUCCCACUUCUUCAAGUAUUGGCCACAAUAUGGUCAUAACGAAUGGAUCUUACCCAGGAAACUCAGCAUUGAAGGUCCCUCAGUCCCAGGCAGGCCUAAUGAAUGAACCGUGUAAUUGGUUUGAUUGCUUUGGGCCUUCACCUCAAGCAACUUUACCUGUUAAGAGUCCUAUUUACCAUGAUAAACUAGCGGCUCUAACUAAAGGACUUUCGAAGGAGGCUCUGGCACCUCUUUCUAGCUCUGGAGCUCAGCCGAAGGAAUUUCUUGUCAUUGAUCAAUCUGCAGAUAAAACAACUUUGGUUUUAUGUUCUGGAGUUGGUGGUCCUGUCCAGUUACUUACUUCAUUGAGUCCACAACCUACUGCUCCUUGUAAAUUCAAUGGAGAAGAUACAGGGAAGAAACGUGAUUUCAUUUAUGACUCGAAACUAGUUUUGUCAAAUGAUUUUUCUGGGAACCAUGUGAGUGAGGAGCAGAGUGAGAUGCAAGAAGACACAGAAGAACUCAAUGCUCUCCUCUACUCAGAGGAUGAAAGUGAAUUUGAUGAGGAUGAUGAUGAUGAAGUUACAAGCACUGGUCAUUCACCGAGCACAAUGACGACUAAAGAUCAACAGUAUGACUGUGAGGAAAAGAACGAAGAAGUUGCUAGCUCUGCAGGUUCAACUAAGAAACGUAAAAUCGAUAGAGUUUAUGAUGUAAUGUCACUAAUGGACACUGCAAGUUCACUAAUGCCUCGAAGAUCCUCCGAGUACGAAGACGACGCUGAAUCUAGCUGUGGAAACGAAGGAAGUCGGGAUAUGGAGGAUGUGGAUUCCUCAUGUAUCAACAACAAAAAGAUGAGAAAAGAGAAAAUACGCGAAACCGUCGGCAUCCUCGAGGGUUUAAUUCCUAAUGGGAAAGGCAAAGAGGCCAUUGUUGUUCUAGACAAGGCAAUUCAGUACUUAAAAGCAUUGAGAUUGAAGGCAGAGGCUGCAUUUGGGGUCAAUGCAUGCUGCUGAGAAUAUGUAUGUGAAUAGGACGGGUUCAAUUGUAGUAUGUCUAUGUUUUUUACAUGUUAUUUUGAUAGGAAAACAACGCUGGACCGACCACCACGUUGAAUAAGUUAGGGAAACUUCAUGCAUUGGUUAGAAAUGAACCGAAGAUUGGGUUUAAAAGGUGGAGAAGAAAGAAGAAACAAAUACACAACUCCCCCACCUGAACAAGUGGAAAUGGUGGGGUUGAAAAGAGGGGUCCCUAAUAAAGAAACGCACGCCCUUGUUCACUAGGGGGGGGCCCCCCUCCCCGCCCCUCUCCGCCCUGCCUUUUUCUAAUGCCACUUCCAGUGGAGUUUGCUGAAUUUGCAGGAGGUCAUGAAUCAGUCAAAGGCUUUCCACCUUCCACCUUCCGCCUGGCAGCUUUAUUAGAACUAUUGGGAGUUUGUUUCUUCCUUUGUGGAGGAAGGAGGAAGAAAGAAGAAAGGUUAGCCAAAAUUAGUUAUGCGUUUGUUUGUUUGGGUUUGGUUGUGAGUUAUAAUUGUAGGGUUGGUGUGUGUAUGUAUGUAGAAGCGUCGCAUGCAAGCAUUUAUGAUAAUGAGAGCGAUGUUUUUUUGUACUUUA